CAGGCACAAAGCCACUGGAAAGAUCCCCACCUGCAGACCAGCCCAGCCUUCCAGGGAGACAUCAGGCCUCCUCAUCUCCUGCAUCAUGAACUGGCACAUGAUAAUCUCUGGGCUUAUCGUAGUGGUGCUUAAAAUUGUUGGAAUGACCUUAUUUCUGCUUUAUUUCCCACAGAUUUUUGGCAAACAUAAUGUCAUCUUCAUUCCCACAGAGAGCUCUGGAACAGUUCCACAGAUUUUGGGGAAUGGCACUGUCAGCUUCACUCCAACAGAGAGCUAUGGAACAGUCUGCCCCAAGGGGUGGGAUUUUCAUCAAGGAAGAUGUUUUUUCUUGUCCAAAUCGGAAUUGCCUUGGAACAAGAGCAUGAACUUUUGCAAAGAAAAAGGAUCCACGUUGGCCAUCGUCAACACACCAGAGAAACUGAAAUUUCUCCAGGACAUAACUGGUGCUGAGAAGUAUUUUAUUGGCUUAUUAUACCAGCCUGUAGAGAAAACGUGGCGCUGGAUCAACAACGCUGCAUUUAAUGGCAACAUUACCAAUCAGGGUCAGAAUUUCCACUGUGUGACCAUAGGUCUAACAAAGACAUAUGAUGCUGUUUCAUGUAACAUCACCUACCGCUGGAUCUGUGAGAAGAAGGCCCAAUGAUGCAGCUCUCUGUGGCCUCUGAAAAGAACAAAAAAUAUACUACAGAGACAGCAAAAGAGCAUGUUGGCAAUUUGGACUGAUCCAGGAGAUACAGAACAUUAGAUUCCUACGUCUGUCUUCCACAGGUCACUGGAGAACCCCCUAAUAGCUCCUCAGUGCUAAAGCACCAGGCCCUCCACAAACAUACUUGCAGACACACAGCUGAGGCAAACUCCUCAUUCUGAGUCAGCAACUCCCCGAGACCCUAUUUCCUGAGAAAGUCAGACCCGUGGCUUUCGAUCUACACGGGUCAACUGAUCAAAUGAUCUCUUUAUCCAUCUGUCUACCAGUAGAGGUCCUAGGCUAUUGGAGGAAAUCAGCUUCUGCACUCCACUUUGGGGGACUGGAUACUAUUAAUAUCACCAGGAGACAGACUGUUUGAUGGAGACAACUGGGUUGGUACAAAGAUAGAACCAAGAAUUUCUGACUGAUCAACAGGCUUUGUUUUGUCCUCAGAGCACAUGACCGUACUACCAGGGAGAAACUGCAGACUGAGCAGGUGUGAACAUUAUUUAAAGGGCAGCAAGGGUGGAAGAGGGAUAAACUCAGCUUCCGGAGCUCACUUUUGUUCCCAAGAGACCCCUGUUCUCAUGCCCUCCAGCCUGCCUGGGGAGGGACAGCAGAGGCCUUCUUCAGUCUGCUUUGAGGCCAGGCCUAGGAAUGGGCUUCUGAGCUAAGCUAGGACCAGAGACAGCACUGUUCAUGGGAAUGGAGAGGGGGCUGGGCAGGGCGGAAUCUGCUAGGAAACCUCUCUGAAGACUACCUAACACCCAAGAUGACCACACUUCAGAGAACUGAAUCUCUGUUCUUCAGCAAAGUCCUAAAGAAAUAAGCUAAAUAUUUCCUUGGUCUUGGCCUGAAUCUCCAUUUUAAUGGAUUUUGAUGACCUGGCUGUGUUUGUUAACUAUAUAUUAAAAAUUUGGUAUAGUUCCUUGGGUCCCAGUAGUCAUAAUAUAUUCCUGCCUGCAGUUCUAGAGAGAUCAUGCUGCCAGGUACAAUAAUAUACUGAACCCAAAGACGCCAGCACUGGUUGGUACCACCCUGACCCAGGACUGGUCCAGCUGACCACAGAGUAGAAAAAGAGGAGGACCGCUCAAGGAGACAUUGGGUGGAGGCAAGUUGUGGGCAUUUGGUAGAAAGGGAACAGCAGGGACACAGGAAAGCCAUAUGCAGGAGGAAAAAGAGUGCAUUUGGCCAUACUGAAAGAAAGGCCAGGAAAAGGUAGAUAAGUCUUGUGGGCAUCCAGUCUGUCCUCUGUACUUGCAGGAAGACAUCAGCUACAGACCCUCCUCAGUACGUAUAAAAGAGAAAAGAAAUAUGUUUGUGUUUUAAUUUAACAAGAAUUAAGCCAUAAGAACAGA